GGAAAAUCCCACCUCAGCCCCCGGACCGACCUGCUCUUCCCGUGGUGCACAUUCCAGAUCUUUUAGGAUCCCCGGUGAGCUCCUUCACGCGGUGCUGGCGGCCUUCGGCGUGCCCCGGCCCGGUAACGGUUCGCCCAGAAGCGUGCUGUCCCCGAAGAUCCCGGCAGCCACAAAGGCCCCAGAGACACCGUUGUGCUCUGCGCUCGGGCCGAGGGAAAGGACUGUGGGACUUGCUUCGUCACGCACAACGUUGCAUCCGGAUGAAGCUCUGCAAGCCUUUGGGGACACCAGCAUCCGAGGUCAUCAAAAGUCCAUGUAAGAGAAGCCAACCAAAUGUGUCAAGAAGGCUUGUUCAGACUAGCUCUGAGCAGCCCCAGGAAACAGACUGUGUGCUCACUGGGAGAGAGGAGGAGACUGGCAGAGGCCCUGGAACCUGUGGACUCCACACUGGAGUCUCAAAGACAUCCAAGCAGUAGCCUACAGAAAGAAUUUCUCCAGCAUCAGGAUGAAGAGCACAGUAAAGAUGCAGCGCCUCAGGACGGCCUCAUAAGGGAAGCAGGGUGCAUAGCGCAGAGACUGGAGGCCUUGCUGGAGGAGAUCCACAGGGGAGCCCAGGAGCCACGAAAGGAGGAGAGAGAGCAGAGAAAGUUAGGUGAUGCACUUGAAAACGCCCGACUAGAAAUUGAAAAAUUGAAAGAUAAUCUGAUAAAAUUGAAAGAAAGUGGUACAACUGACCUGCAGAAAGCAAAGGAACAUAACCAGAAGCUGGAUGAGGAAAUUCUGGCGUUAAGAAACCGGGUUCGAUCGCUUGACUCGGAGAAAAAGGUGCUUGGGGAAAUGUAUCUAACAUCUGGAGACAAAGCAAGCUACCAGCAUCACGGGGACGUGCGGGAGCUGCGACAGAACCUGCACCGCCUGCAGAUCCUGUGCAACUCGGCUGAGAAGGAGCUGCGGUACGAGCGGGGCCGGAGCCUGGACUUGAAACAACAUAACAGUUUGCUCCAGGAGGAGAACAUCAAGAUCAAAAUUGAACUCAAGCAGGCCCAGGAGAAGUUGCUAGACAACGCCAGGAUGCACUCCUCACUCACGGCAGAGUGGAAGCACUGUCAGCAGAAAGUCAAGGAGCUGGAGCUGGAAGGACUUAGGCAGGCUCAGAGCCUUAAAUCCCAGCAGGGCCUACAGGAAAAGCUGGCUCGGGAGAAAGCAAAAGCAGCGGAAGCACAGGAAAAGGUUUUGGACCUGCAGCAGAAACUAGAUCAUGCGCGACAAGUCUGCCUUUCAGAUGUUUGCAUUUUGCGUAAGAAGCAACUAGAGGAAGAGAUCAAGGAGGCGAAGAGCAUGGAGGCCAGGCUGCAGCAGCAGCACCAGGAGGAGCAGCAGAGGAGGAUCCGCCUAGACCAGGACGUAGAUGAGCUCCAGAGACAAGUGAGAACCUUGCAGGAUAAGGAGGAACAACAAGAAGCAGCCAAUUCCCAGAAACAAGAGGCUCUACGAAAACAACUGGAAAGUGAGAGAAGGAAGUGUGAAGAGUAUGUCAAGAGCAAUGAGGACUUGUCAGAGAAACUAUCUAGCUUGCAGCAAGAAAAGGAAGCUCUAUGGCAAGAACACAGGCGGUUUCUGGAGCAACUUGGUGAGCGUGUGAGAAACUACAAAGACAAACACCACUGCCGCAAAGCCAAGCUCCAAAAGGUCAAGGACCGUUUUACUCACGAGUUAGAAAUUCGGAAUAAGAGGAUUAAAGAACUUGAAGAUGAAACUGGGAAACUUCAACAGAAAAUUGAAAUGGAGAAAGUGUUCCAGGGCCAGAUCAUGACCCAAAAUGACAUCCUCCUCCAGGAAAAGAGGAAGCUUCUAGAACAAGUCACCAAUCAAGAAGAACUGAUUUGCAGCAACAAGUCCACAAUAUCUGCAUUCCAGAACAAGGCAUUUUUACUGGAUAAAGAAAACCAGCAGUUGCAGGAGAACUGCCUCCGGCUCAUGCAGCAAAUUGGCCUCUUGGAGCAAAUUAUAAGGAGCAUCCAGAUUCGCAAAGAAGAGGAAACAGUAAUUACUGACAACGCUGCAUUUGAAAUAUUCAAAAAGAUACUACCUUUACAAAACUCCAGUUUCUCAGGGACAGGUUUGGUAUUGUCAGCUGAAAAUCUCCAGGAGGCUGAGCUGCAGCAAUCGGGAGGAGCAACAGUUGUCCCCAAGUCCCCUGAGCCCCUCUCGUGUUCACAGGAUUCAGAAAGUGGAUAUAUAAAUGUGACGUCUCUAAAAGAGACAUACAACACACAAGGGGACCAAAAGCCACAACUAUGACCUCACUGGUAUAUACAACAAUAGUAAUCCUGCUAACUCAGAGCCUGGAUAUAAAGGUGCGAACAGAGCUGGAGAAGUCUCACAGAACACCCUGGACAUCAACAAGGAUUCUUCAAAAUUGCUUAUUAAACAGUCAUUAAAAAUUUUCAAAAAUG